AAGACUAGAGACCGAAGUCUCGUACUUCCCUUUCUCAAAAUAAACACACACCCGCACACACACACACAGUCUCGAAGCUUUGUUCAAAUAAAAAACCCAUUUUUAUUUUUUUCCCAAACUCUGAAUCAAAAUUCUUUACUUGAGCCUCUACUUCAAAUCCAAUCAAAUUUCUAGGGCUUUCGCAUAACUCUCUCUAAAUUCUCAGCAAGCUUUAUCAUUUUCUAGGGUUUUUGCUUCUUGCUUUGUUUGGCUUACUUGUGCUUAAAUUCUUUGAUCUACGGCUAGUUCUGGUCCCGAAUUCAUCGCCGUGGUUUUGUUCGGAGCUCGUUUGGGCGAAAUGUUUUGGUAAUUGAGGUUGCAAGGAGUUGCGGCGAAUAAAACAGCAACAACUAUUCGCAACAAAACGAUGUGUUAUUGUCUGCUUGUGGAAGAUGGAAGUACAGUAUAAGGUUAACUGGACAACUUGAGGUGGUAAUUUUACUUCCAUGAUUAGUAUAUGCAGAAGUAAUUGAUUGAACUGUACGUUGGCAGUCACUGUUGUAGGCAGAUUGGAUCGAAAGAGCAAAUAUUAUUGGAUAUUAUGGUGGAGAAGAAUAAUAGAUACCCUGGUGGGUACUAUGCUAAUGCGUUUGGGAGGGCGGGUGAAUUAGAGGGUUCUGGUAGCUCAGGGCGAAUUGACACAGAAAUAACCGCUUCAGAGGAUUCAAGUGCCCCAAUGAGGAAAUGUAUUAGUUUAAAUUCCAAUAAUUGUGAUGCCUUUGGUGUCCCUACACAAGUCCUUCCCCUGUCAAAUAUGUUGCCAUCUGAAAGAAAGGAAAUAAUACAUAGGUUAAAAAUGGAACUUCAACAGAUUCGGAUACUUCAGAAGAAAGUUGAAUCACAAAGGACUAAUGCUGUCACUGUGUCAUCUUCUAGUGAUAUUCUUAGCUGUAGUAAUGGCCAAGUUGGGCCACGGGCAGAAAGUUUGAAAAAAUCAUCAACAUUGACUUCUGGGCCUGGAAAGAAAUUGAAUACGGCGAGUCAGAAACAACAAGGAUUGAAUCGUGGUACUUCUGGAAGGUUUGAGACCACGCCAAGCACUGCAACUGCAAGUGCAAUUUUGAUGAAACAGUGUGAGGCUCUGUUGAAACGAUUGAUGUCCCAUCAGCAUUCAUGGGUUUUCAACACCCCUGUUGAUGCAGUGAAGUUGAAUAUUCCGGAUUAUUACACUGUUAUUAAGCAUCCUAUGGAUUUUGGGACAAUAAAGAAUAAGUUAGCUUCAGGAGCUUACUCCAGCCCAUUGGAUUUUCAUGCUGAUGUUAGGCUUACCUUCACCAAUGCGAUGACCUACAAUCCACCUGGAAAUGAUGUCCACCUCAUGGCUGAUACUCUUAAUAAAUAUUUUGAAGUGAGAUGGAAACCCAUUGAGAAAAAGCUACCCAAGACUGAUGCCCAACUAUUAGCAGCAAAAUCUGGCCCUUGUGAAGACAAGGAAACUGCUAAAAAAGUGACCCCUCCCUCAAAAAAGAGGAAAAUCACUUCAAUGCCCGUUGAAGUUGUGCAAAAGCCUGUUAAGCAUGUAAUGACAGCUGAGGAGAGGCGCAGUUUAGGUAGGGAAUUGGAGUCUUUGCUUGGAGAAAUACCUGUACAUAUCAUUGAUUUCUUGAGGGAGCAUAGUUCCAAUGGAAGGGAAUGUGGAGAGGAUGAAAUUGAGAUUGAUAUUGAUGAUCUUAGUGAUGAUACCUUGUUCACCCUGCGGAAGCUUUUAGAUGACUAUUUGCAAGAGAAACUAAAGAACCAUCCAAUAGCUGAACCUUGUGAAAUAGAGCUGUUGAAUGAAUCAGGGCCAAGCAAUUCAUCAAUGCAACCCUGCAAAGGGAAUGACCCAGGUGAUGAAGAUGUUGACAUUGGUGGAAAUGAGCCUCCCAUCUCAAGUUACCCUCCUGUGGAGUUAGAAAAGGAUACAGCCCAUAGAAGCAGUAAAUGUAUCAGUGCAGGCAGCUCUGGUGAUUCAGGCUCUGGCAGUUCUUCUGAAAGUGAAUCUGAUGGUGAUAAAGCUUCAAGCCUGGCAAAUAAAUCAAAGGUACCAGAAAUCUUGGGCUCUGGUGCUCAAUUAGAUGAAAAGACUAGUGUUGGUGACCCUCUUGAAGUAAAUCAAUCUGUUAGUGGGUUGGAUCAAGUGGAACAGAGUUCCCAGCAAAAGCCAAGUUCUGUGGACUCAGAUUACUGUCAAGAUGGGGAAAGUGCUCCAACUAAGACGCGGCAGGUCCCCCCUCAGAAGCUUUAUCGUGCUGCUCUUUUAAAGAACCGAUUUGCUGAUACAAUCAUGAAAGCUCGAGAAAAGACACUUACACAGGGUGGGAAGUGGGAUCCUGAGGAGAAAUUACGACGGGAAAAAGAGGAACUGGAACUGGAACGGAAAGAAAGAGCACAAUUACAAGCAGAAGCCAAGGCUGCUGAAGACGCUCGAAGGCAAGCGGAAGCAGAAGCUGCCGCUGAGGCCAGACGGAAGAGGGAGCUUGAGAGAGAAGCUGCACGGCAGGCAUUGUUGCAGAUGGAAAAGACUGUUGAAAUCAAUGAUAAUUCUCGGUUUCUUAAAGACUUGGACAUGCUUUGUACUGCCCCUGCUGAGCAACUACCAAGUUCUGCAGAUGAGACAAGCCCAGAUCACUCACAGGAUGGCCUGGGUGGUUUCAAGUUUGGGGGCUCAAACGCCCUGGAAAAACUUGGUUUGUUCAUGAUAGAGGAUGAAGAGGAGGAAGUGGACCCACCUAGUAAUCCUGUAAAUGAGGUAGAGGAGGGAGAAAUUGAUUAAGAUGUACUGCCUUUUUGUAUUAGUUAAAUGAAUUGAGAUAAGAAUAGCAAUGAAGUUCGUUUGUGUUGGUGGA